AUAUAUAUAAAAAUUUUUAGUGAAAUACUGAUUAGUUUCUGAAAACAAACUGAGAUAUUAUAGAUCACCAAUCAUAAAAAAAAUAUUUUAUGUUAGGUUUACGACAAUGUUAAUAAAUCUGUGACAGAUGAAAAGUGUAAAAUAACCGGUCAAACAGUGAAAAAAUUAUUAACAUGGCUUUGCGUACAUAUGGUGAUAAACCUAUAAGUUUCCAAGUGGAAGAAAAUGGAGAAUAUUAUUGUAUUGGAUCUGAAGUAGGCAAUUAUUUACGCCUAUUUCGAGGAUCAUUAUAUAAACGUUAUCCUGGAAUGUUUAGAAGAUCUAUUACAAAUGAUGAACGAAAAAAAUUAGUAGAACUUGGUUUAAGUCAACAUGUACUUGCAUCCAGUGUAUCUCUUUUAAGAGCUAGUGAAGUAGAAGAUAUUAUUGAAGGCAAUGAUGAUAAAUAUAAAGCUGUAUCAGUACAUUCAACAGAACCUCCAGCUCCUAGAGAAGGAAAAUCAAAAAAAUCAAUGCCUUGGGUUCCUAGUUUACCAAAUAGUUCACAUUUGGAUGCUGUACCUCAAGCUACACCAAUUAAUCGUAAUAGAGUACAUAAUAAAAAAGUCAGAAUUCCUUUAUGUUUUGAUGACACAGAUCCAUCAGCAAAUUUGGAAAAUGCAGCUCAACAAGAAAUGUUAGUUCCAAUCCGUUUAGAUAUGGAAAUUGAAGGACAAAAAUUGAGGGAUACUUUUACAUGGAAUAAAAAUGAAAGUCUUAUAACUCCAGAACAAUUUGCUGAAGUAUUAUGUGAUGAUUUAGAUUUAAAUCCAUUAAGUUUUGUACCAGCUAUUGCACAAGCUAUAAGACAACAAAUAGAAGCUUUUCCACAAGAAACAAUAUUAGAAGAUCAAUGUGAUCAACGAGUUAUAAUUAAGUUAAAUAUACAUGUAGGCAAUACAUCUUUAGUAGAUCAAGUAGAAUGGGAUAUGUCUGAAAAAGAAAACAAUCCUGAAAAAUUUGCAAUGAAACUUUGUGCUGAAUUAGGACUUGGUGGUGAAUUUGUUACUGCUAUUGCUUAUAGUGUACGUGGACAAUUAUCAUGGCACCAAAGAACUUAUGCAUUUUCUGAAGCACCUUUACCUACAGUAGAAGUACCUUUCAGACCACCUUCAGAAGCUGAUCAAUGGGCACCAUUUUUAGAAACAUUAACAGAUGCAGAAAUGGAAAAGAAAAUACGCGAUCAAGAUCGAAAUACACGACGUAUGAGACGUUUAGCAAACACAACACCUGGAUGGUAAUAUGUAAAUUAAUAACAAAUUACAACAUAUAUUUGUAGAUUCAGAAGAUAUCCAUUUUUAUUAUUUUUAGAAUUUUUUAAACUUUGAAUAUAAUAAUAAAACUUUAUGUUAAAAUUUAAAUAAAAAAUAAAGUACAUUUUAAUACAAA